AUGAAGCGCACUAUGAAGGGCACUAUGAAGGGCACUAUGAAGGGCACUAUGAAGGGCACUAUGAAGGGCACUAUAAAGGGCACUAUGAAGGGCACUAUGAAGGGCACUAUAAAGGGCACUAUAAAGGGCACUAUGAAGGGCACUAUAAAGGGCACUAUGAAGGGCACUAUAAAGGGCACUAUGAAGGGCACUAUAAAGGGCACUAUGAAGCGCACUAUGAAGGGCACUAUAAAGGGCACUAUGAAGGGCACUAUGAAGGGCACUAUGAAGGGCACUAUGAAGGGCACUAUAAAGGGCACUAUAAAGGGCACUAUGAAGGGCACUAUGAAGGGCACUAUAAAGGGCACUAUGAAGGGCACUAUGAAGGGCACUAUAAAGGGCACUAUGAAGGGCACUAUGAAGAGCACUAUGAAGGGCACUAUAAAGGGCACUAUGAAGGGCACUAUGAAGGGCACUAUAAAGGGCACUAUGAAGGGCACUAUAAAGGGCACUAUGAAGGGCACUAUAAAGGGCACUAUGAAGCGCACUAUGAAGGGCACUAUAAUGGGCACUAUGAAGGGCACUAUGAAGGACACUAUGAAGGGCACUAUGAAGGGCACUAUAAAGGGCACUAUGAAGGGCACUAUGAAGGGCACUAUGAAGGACACUAUGAAGGGCACUAUGAAGGGCACUAUAAAGGGCACUAUAAAGGGCACUAUAAAGGGCACUAUGAAGGGCACUAUGAAGGGCACUAUGAAGGGCACUAUGAAGGGCACUAUAAAGGGCACUAUGAAGGGCACUAUGAAGGGCACUAUAAAGGGCACUAUAAAGGGCACUAUGAAGGGCACUAUGAAGGGCACUAUGAAGGGCACUAUGAAGGGCACUAUGAAGGGCACUAUGAAGGGCACUAUAAAGGGCACUAUGAAGGGCACUAUGAAGGGCACUAUGAAGGGCACUAUGAAGGGCACUAUGAAGGGCACUAUGAAGGGCACUAUGAAGGGCACUAUGAAGGGCACUAUGAAGGCAAUAGGUGAUUUGUGA